GGUUUGUUGGUUGGAUGCACAGUUGGAUGCCUCCAUCUCUUCUCCAUCAGGAAGCCUAAAACAGGAAUCCUGAUGCUGAACAUGGGCGGUCCAGAGAAACUGGAAGACGUCCACGACUUCCUGCUGCGGCUCUUCAUGGACACCGACCUGAUGAAGCUUCCUGUUCAGAACAAGCUCGGCCCGUUCAUCGCCAAGCGGCGCACGCCGAAGAUCCAGGAGCAGUACAGCAAGAUCGGCGGCGGGUCGCCCAUCAAACACUGGACGUCCAUGCAGGGCGAGGGCAUGGUGAGGCUGCUGGACGACCUGAGCCCCGACACAGCUCCUCACAAGUUCUACAUCGGCUUCCGGUACGUGAACCCGCUGACGGAAGACGCCAUCGAGGAGAUGGAGCGGGACGGCGUGGAGCGAGCCGUGGCCUUCACCCAGUAUCCCCAGUACAGCUGCUCCACCACAGGCAGCAGUCUGAACGCCAUCUACCGUUACUAUAGCAACAGAGGAGACAGGCCGAAGAUGCGCUGGAGUGUCAUCGACCGCUGGCCGACACACCCCCUGCUGGUGGAGUGUUUUGCAGAGCACAUCAGAAAUGAGCUGCUGAAGUUUCCAGACGAUAAGAGAGAAGAUGUCGUCAUUUUGUUCUCGGCUCAUUCGCUUCCAAUGGCUGUGGUGAACCGAGGCGAUCCGUACCCGCAGGAAGUGGGCGCCACGGUGCAGCGGGUGAUGGAGCGACUGGGACACUGCAACCCCUACAGACUGGUGUGGCAGUCCAGGGUGGGCCCCAUGCCGUGGCUCGGGCCCCAAACCAAUGAGGUGAUCAAAGGUCUGAGUGAGCGAGGGAAGAAGAACAUCCUGCUGGUUCCCAUCGCCUUCACGUCCGACCACAUAGAGACUCUGCACGAGCUGGACAUCGAGUACGCUCAGGUGUUGGCCGAAGAGUGUGGAGUGGAGAACAUCCGCAGAGCCGAGUCGCUGAACGGAAACCCUCUCUUCAUGAAGGCGCUGGCUGACCUGGUCCAGUCCCACCUGAAGUCCAACGAGCCGUGUUCCCGCCAGCUGACGCUGCGCUGCCCGCUCUGCACCAACCCCACCUGCGGCCAGACCAAGGCCUUCUUCGCCAGCCAGAAGCUGUCGUAAGCCGCCAUGACGGCGCCGCGUUUAUACCGAACUCUGGAGACGCGAACGGCGCCAACAACCCAGCUGGAAACGAGCAGCAGGAGUGACUGGAUUCUGUCGCAAGUUCAUUUUAAAUAUUGGAGAUUCCCUUUGGUUGUUCUGUGUAGAUAAAGGAACUGACUCUUUUAUUUCUCAGAGUUUUUUUUCUUUAAGUCUCCCGACACGUUCUUCACCGACCGCAGAGACAUUUAGUUUAAUGGCUCCAGGACAUCCAGUGUCUGCACGGCUUUUUAGGGCCACCGUACAUAGAAAGAGUCAAUUUCCACCAAAAAAACUUGGACAUUUUCAGAUUAAGUCUCAGAAAGUGUCUAGAGAAAAACUUUUAAAUCUCUUAUAUCCAACAGUUGAAAAUUUGCAAGAAAAAACUCAGGAAAAAUUUUUACAUUUUCUGAGUUUCCAAAGCCGAACAGUUUUGAAAUCAGAAAUUUCCAUGUUUUUGGGGGUAAAUUUAUUUUUUUCCAUCUAUAAACAUCCUUUAAAUGCAAGUGUGUAAAAAUGUGGGCUCUAGUUUUUCUGCUCUUAUGGCAGCUUCGUGCCUUUUAUACACUGGAUAAAAUCCACCCCAGCGUCAGUAUCUGUUCCUGCUAGAGAAACGUCACUGUUCUUACUGAACUGAACAUCUUUAGCUGGGCUGAACAAACUGAAAAGGUUUAGCUAACAGUAAAACCUAGCCUUCUACAUGCUAACCGAAAAGAUUUAGCUUCCAGUAAGCUAACGUAAAAAGUUUAGACAGCUAAUUCUGUGUUGUAUUUACUUUGCUAGACGAAGCUAACGGUAAAACUUAGCCUUCUAAGAGCUAACUGUAAACAUUUACCUAACAUGCUAACUGAAAAGAUCUAGCAGACAUUAAGCUAACUUAAAAAGUGGAGCUUUUUUUAAAGCAUUCUCCUAGCUAAAAAGUUUCACUUUGCAGUAAAACUUUGGUAGCUAGCAGGUUUCAGCUAACAUCGGGAAAAAUAAAGAGUUUGCUUUGCUAAGGAUUGGCUUAGAGAGUUGACGAAAAGGCUUUACUUCCAAGUUGAUGGUGCUAGCAAGCUGAAAAGCAAAGCUUUAGCUUGCAGUAGGCUAACUGAAAAGGCUAGCAGUUAGCAAGCUGAAAAACAUUUACCUACUAGUUGGUUUGCUGAAACAGUUUACAUGUCUGCAAGCUAACUGAAAAGAUUUCAUUUAUCUUUAAGAUAAACAGUUUAGCUUGUGGUAAACUAAUUUGAAAGAGAAAUGGAAAAUAGUUAGCUUACUGUUAGCAGCAUGCAAAGGCUUAGCUUGCAUAAGCUAACUAGCUACGUUUGGCUCAUUUAGAGAUUAUGGAUUCAGAUUUUAUAGCAGUCAUACCAACAUUUAAGAAAGAUGCUACAUGGUUUUCCUUUAGCAAUACCAUUUAAGCUAGCAUGUGCUACCUUUACUAAGCUGUCGUUGCUUAAAGUCUUUAUUUUUGGUAAAGAUGGAACGUCAUUCCCAGCUUUUCAGAGUUGCUGUUUAUGAUAAAUCUCCAUGAAGGCGUAUUUUAAAUUACUUUUCUUGAUGCUAAUCUACGCACAGAAUUGCCUGUUAUUGUUCUUCCACUGGAUUAGAAAGGAUGGUCGUUUGUCCGUCUCUUGUUUUUUAUAUAUGCUGAGUGAAAUGAGUGUUUUAAGAUGUUAGCAAAGAUCUUCUUGUUCUUAAAUGUGUUUGAUUGAUUUUCUUACAUACAUGAUUGGGUCGUUUUCCGUCAGCAAUUAUGCUAAUCGAUGCUAACCAAGAAUCUGGUAAAAUUCUGACCCGAAGCUACUUAUUAUAACAUUAAUAAAAUUCACUUUCUCAUUUUAAUAUUUCAGGCUGUAGAUCUACUCUGUGUUCAGAAAGAAAGACUAGUCUCUCUAAUUUAACUCUGUAAUGUAGCUUAAAACAAGGAGUUGUUGCCACACAUGAAGCAAAGUAUAACUUAGUUUUGUUUUUAUUUAUUAUUGUGUUCAAAGCAGGUCUGAAAGUAAUGUGAUUAAAGUACAACUUACUAGUUUGAAAGCAUUUAUUUGUGGAAAUAACUGGUGCUGUAUGAACUUUAGGACAUGGUGUUACAUAAAUACACAUGAUGAGGUCUUCCUUCAAAAUAAUAUAAAUAUCCCUUC